AUGUCCGGGAGCACAAGUGAGGGGCACGGGAAUGCCAAUUCGGACUCUGGUCGCUCCAGAAACAACCCAGAUCUUCCAAAUGGUGGAGUGCGCAAGUCAGGCGGCCUGUGCAAACGCCGCGGAGGUCAUGGUGGAGGACAUGCAAGCGGCCACGCUGGAGGUCAUGGUGGCGGUCAUGGUGGAGGUCAUGCAAGCGGCCAUGGAACAAGUCAUGCAAGCAGCAAUGGGAAAGGUCAAACACGCAACCAGAGGCAAAAAGACAAAAAGUUUCGGGAGAGAGUUUCGUCGUGUGAGGAUUUAGCCGAAGUCGCAAUGGGACUUGCGGAGGAAGGAUCGCGGUUGUUCCUUGGGGAUGAGGAAUCCGAGGAAAUCGAACCUACGACUACCAAUGGCGAUACCUCUGCUGUUGCGACAGAAAUCGCUGGUGCGACAGACAUUGAUAAUUCUUCUACAAGUGCGACCGGAGACGAGUCUUCUACAAAUGCGACUCAAUUGGGUACUUCAACCAUCGGGACUGAAGUCGAUACUUCUACCGGGGCGACUGGAGUCGAUACCUCUACUGGGGCAACUGGAGUCGAUACCUCUACUGGUGCGACUGAAGUUGAUUAUUCUACCAAUGCGACGGAAGUCGGUAUGUCCACCGACACGACUCAAGUUCCAAGCAAACAGAAGUCCAAGCUAUCAAGCAAUGGUUACAUAAACAAGUUUGCGGUUGCUGUGUCCCCGGAGGAUUUUGAAUAUCGAGAUGAAGCUUUCUUCACGGGCAAGACGGCAAUUCGAUUGCCCUCUGGGGAUCUAAUGAUAUGCGACAAAACAACUUAUGCUAACUGCUACUACCCAGAGUCAACCUCCGGUUCUUCCGUCCGACAAAUUCUAACCCGGUCUACAACACUAUCCAGGGAUACGGUCGGAGGUGACAACGGCGCUGCUGAAACGGAAUCACAAGGAGCACCGGAUUUCGGCGGCAUCAAACUUACCACUAUUGUCCGCCCUGAAUCCUUUUUGCAUAGGUUAGAAGAAGAUGUAAAAGCUUUUCGGUUGGAGUCGGGACAGCUAGUUAUUUGUGAUACAGACAAGAAAGACUGUUCCUCUGCCGGUUCGGACAACGCUUCUAAUAUCGCAACCACAGACAGCACAGCAUCAACAGGCAUAGAGCCACGGGCAGAAGUUGGAGAUAACGAUACCAGAUUUGCUACUGUUGUUAGCCCGGAUUCCUUUGUGUACGGUUUCGAGCCUGGCAAGGUUGCCUAUCGCCGGCCUUCAGGCCAGCUAGUUGUCUGCAACGAAGGUUACGAAAAUUGCUCUGCCUCAGGUGUAGAAUAG